AUGCCUCCAAGCGGGGAGGAGGGGUCGCGAGGCUUCCGGUACGUCGCCCGGGUAACAGAUGUACACUUCCUGCCUGCAGAUGAGGAUGCUGGUCCAGAUGUGGGAGAAGGCUUAGAUGAAUGGGCGCAGUCCAAGUCACUGCUCAGGCCUCCAGACCAGUUGGAACUAACUGAAGCUGAGUUAAAAGAAGAAAUCACUCGCAUCCUGAGAGCCAAUAACCCACAUGCUCCCCAAAAUAUUGUCAGAUUCAGCUUUAAAGAAGGGACAUUUAAACAUAUAAGUUUUGUAGACCAACUAGCCGUCCACUUCAGCUUGAUUGGGAACAUGAUCCCUAAAGACUCAGAUGAAGGAAGACGGCAGAAGUUCCGAGCAGCAUCAAUCACAGGUUCUCAAGAGACUGUAGUACCGCCAACUGAAGAAGCAGAAGGUGGUGGUGAAGGAGAAGGCGAAGGGGAAGGGGAAGAAGGACCAAAGGAAGCCGGGAGUCAAGCAGAGGUUCAGGCGGCUGAAGGGGAAGCAGAAGGCGAAGAAACCAUCACACCUAGAAAGCCAAAGGAACGGAAACUCACCAACCAGUUUAAUUUUAGUGAAAGAGCAUCUCAGACAUUCAACAACCCUUUACGGGCCCGAGAGUGUCAAAUGGAACCUCCCCCUAGAGCAACCUUCUCUGCCACAGCUAAUCAGUGGGAGAUUUAUGAUGCCUAUAUGGAAGAGCUAGAGAAACAAGAAAAAACAAAGGAGAAGGAGAAGGCAAAAGCCCCAGUGGCUAAAAAACUCGAGAAAAGAACAACGAGGAAGAAGACAUCCAUGGAAUCCAUGAGUGAUGACAUAACCAAGGUGGCCCAAGCAGCCAAAAUAGUGGAGCGGAUGGUCAAUCAGAACACAUAUGAUGAUAUUGCCCAAGAUUUUAAGUAUUAUGAAGAUGCGGCAGAUGAGUAUCGGGAGCAGGAGGGCACCUUGCUUCCUCUCUGGAAGUUCCAAUACGAUAAGGCAAAGCGCCUGGCCGUGACUGCCCUCUCCUGGAAUCCAAAAUAUAAGGACCUGUUUGCAGUAGGACAUGGCUCUUAUGACUUCAUGAAGCAAAACCGGGGCAUGCUACUUUUGUACACCCUGAAGAACCCCAGCUUCCCAGAGUAUAUCUUCAGCAGCGAGUGUGGCAUUAUGUGCCUGGACAUGCAUGUUGAACAUCCCUACCUGUUGGCUGUGGGCUACUAUGAUGGCAAUGUGGCUAUCUACAACCUGAAGAAGCCUCACUCACAGCCAUCCUACCGGAGUACAGCUAAACUAGGGAAGCAUUCAGAGCCUGUGUGGCAGGUCAGGUGGCAGAAGGACGACAUGGACAAUAAUCUCAACUUCUUCUCAGUGUCAUCUGAUGGGAGGAUUGUAUCCUGGACGCUGGUGAAGAACGAGCUGAUGCACACAGACAUCAUCAAGCUAACUGUGGAGGGCAGCACGACUGAGGGUCCAGAGGAUCUUAGUCUAUACACCAUCGGCUGUGGGACAUCCUUCGACUUCCACAAACAGAUCGACUACUUGUUUCUCGUGGGCACAGAGGAGGGCAAAAUCUACAAAUGCUCCAAAUCCUACUCCAGCCAAUUCCUUGACAUGUUUGAGGCCCACAAUAUGGCGGUGGAUGCAGUGACCUGGAACCCAUACCAUUCCAAAGUCUUCAUGUCCUGCAGCUCCGACUGGACAGUGAAAAUCUGGGACCACACCAUCAAGAUACCCAUGUUCAUCUAUGACUUGAACUCUGCUGUGGGUGAUAUAGCUUGGGCCCCAUACUCCUCUACUGUCUUUGCUGCAGUCACCACUGACGGGAAGGCCCAUGUGUUUGACCUAGCUGUCAACAAAUAUGAAGCUAUCUGCAACCAGCCAAUAGUGGCCAAGAAGAAAAACAAGAUUACUCAUGUACAGUUCAAUGCCAUCCACCCUAUCAUUAUUGUUGGGGAUGAUCGUGGUCAGGUCACUUGCCUCAAACUCUCACCCAAUCUGCGUAAGAUGCCCAAGGAGAAGAAGGGGCAGGAAGUGAAGAGAGGCCCAGAGGUGGAAAUCGCCAAACUGGACAAACUGCUGAACCUCGUGAGGGAAGUGAAGCCCACAAACUGAACUAAUUUAGCCUGGUCUGCAGCGCUUUCCCAACCUGACCCAGAGGGCACUUUCUAUGCCUUGGGCAACCCCUGUCCCCAGCCUGGCCUCCAGCAGGCUGUCCCUGAAUUUGAGGCCAGACAUACCUUCCUCUUUCAGCCUUCUGGCCUGCACCACAGGCAGUAUUCAUGCCCUGAACCUUCCCUGCUCCGACCCCCUCAGUCACUAUACCCCUGAUCUCCUUCGCCUGAACUGAGGGAAAUGUAGAUGUGGCUGGGUGGGGCUCUUAAUUACCCCCUCAUUCUAGAUAUAGAGAAGGCCCCAGACCACUGGCCCUGUAACCCUUAGCACCCUCCUGGACAAAUAAACAGG